CGAUAAAUCAGUACAUGGUUUGCAAGUAAAUGGAUGAACAAAUAAACCGACAAAACUGAGUAACGUGCCUUGAAUGGGUGUCGAUAACAGGCUGUGGCUCAGUCGAUGUGCACCCAGUUACAUUUGAGAUUUCAGUCUAUUGACUGCUCUACAUGUACUGCAUUUGGAGGAACUACGAAACCGGAAUGAUUUAAAUAUGGGGUUUACUAGUGUUGAUAAGGCCCAUGCACUUUGUUUGGUGCUGCGUUGGUCUCAAGACACUUUACUUUAUUAGUUAUAGCCCAGUCAUCCAUCAUGUCUCUUUUGAUUUGGGCCAAAUUGUCAGCAGUACGACUUUGGAAAGAUCUAAAAAUUUCUCGGAAAACAAAAAGUUAAUAUGGAUGCCUCUUUCAGAAUGUCCCUAACUUAUUGUGAGUAGCUUAUAAAGGCGCCCGUCCUUUAUUCAUUCAGUAUGCCACACAUUCAGCAAGCACGUUUCAUUCUUGCACGCAGCUGCUGCUCAACGUCUCGCCUAGCCACAGUCAGGAGCCAUUAAAAAAUUCGCAACACGCAUCGGGCCUUCACAACAAAAGCUGUGCGCGCCGCAUCUUGUCUGACUGCUAACAAAAUAAGGGUGUCGUUAAAAAAUUGCUUACGGUAUGUACAGUAUAUGGGCCUCGGUGAUGGAGUUGCACAUUUCUAAGCAACAUUGCUUUUUAAUUCCAGUUUUUGUGCUGUGCCUUCUUGAUUGUAAAUUACACUUUUUCACCCAUAAAAUACAGUAUAAAAAUGUCUAUAAUCACGAUUACGAGGUAAAUUGAAUGAGAUGUGUUGUUUUGAAAAGGCGGGGUGGAGUUAAUGGCUGUCACUCACUCACGGCUCGUGCAGAUGCACAUGACUGUUGGGUGCACUGUUAUUUGCACAUUAAUAUAUCGGCAGCCUCAGAGAAGCUCACACACAUCACCUUUUCAUGCAUGUGAGUGCUACGUGAGGUGUGGCUUGCAUGCUCUGAGCGGGGAAAAAGGUGGGACUUUGUAUUUUGGAACGCCAGGCCCCCAUUACGAUACUCAAUCAACAGACAGCACACUUAGGUUUGCUUUAUAACUUGUAAAUUGUUCUUACUGCAUUCCUUUGAGGAAGAAGAUAGACACUGGCAAACUCUAUAUUGCGUGUUAGUUUAGUUUACAAUGAGACAGUAGUAUGUUAGCAUUUAGUCAACACAGGGUAAACUUGUUGGUAGCAUUGGGAGGUUUUCUCUUCCUAUCAAUUAUGCAAACAGGUUAUCUAAUAGUACAUCACAGAGAAACAUGCUGUAACAAAAUGAAUUCAAUGAAAAACUGAAAUGAGGUUCUGGGAUAUUUUAUUCUGAAAGCACACAGAGGAAGUGGCGUAGUACGUCGUUUUACUGUGACGUGUUGCGUAAAUAAGUUGCUAAAGCGUCAAUGUUGUUUUCCAAUAGCCGGAAUUAUUUCACGUUUCAGCGACAUUAAUUACACUGCCAAAAGAAAAAAGGCGUAUCGAUAUUUUAUCCAGUACAGUAUGAUACGAUAUCUGAUGGUGUUAACAUAGCUCCAAACGCGUGUGCGGACGAAAGGGAGUUGUUGACGUUAUUCACCAGCUAAUGAGGUUAGCCAUACAUAGCUCCACUUAAGUGUGCUGCCUUUCCCUCGAGUUUGUUGCCGGCCUUAACAUUCUACUACCAAGUUCAGUGUACCGUUUAGCUUGGAUAGGAUGAACUGGCUUUUCCCCGUCUCAAAAGGCUCCGGACCUCACCCUCCACUCAACAGUCUUCAGCAACAAAGGCAGCGGCAGAUUGAGUCACUGAAAGCUGCUCAUCCCAGCAUUGCAGAAAUCCAGAAGGAUGUGGAGUACAGGAUCCCGUUUACAGUCAGCAACUCCACCAUCACUGUUAACAUUCUUCUUCCUCCUCAGUUUCCUCAGGAGAAGCCGGUAGUUAGUGUCUACCCUCCUGUUGGUCAUCACCUUGUUGACAGCAAUAAUGGCACGGUGAUCACAAGCCCCCUCAUCAGUAAUUUUGGCAUGCACUCGGACCUUGGUAAAGUCAUUCAGAGUCUGCUAGAUGAAUUCUGGAAGAGUCCUCCUGCCUUGAUGUCCACUGGCCCAUCUGGCUUUCCCUAUAUGUACAAACCAUCAGGAAUGCCUCCUUACCCGACUCGGGGUUACCACUAUGGUCCUCGUCAUGUUGGCCCAAGUCAUACGCCGCCUCCUGCACCAGCUCCAUCUGGACCAGGUCCAGUGCUUCACCCAGGGGUUGACGUUGUCCAUGGGUCUACUAGAGGUCCAGCUCCUUAUGGACUUAUUACUGACCUGCCAUUACCUGUACCUGUUGGAGAUUUGCAGGCUGGAAUAAAUGGACAUAUCUAUAAGAUGCCCGAGAUUCCUGAGUCUUUUGCUGAACUCUGUGACUUAAAUCUGACGCAACUGUCCGACAUGUCUGAAAAUGAGGAUGUGUUACUAAGGUUCUUUGUGACAUUGCCACAACUAAAGCAGGUCACAAAUGACAAAGAGGAGUUGAUCACUAACAUAGUGGAUAUGGCAAAGAGAAACCUUCAGAUGGAACCACAACUGGAAGGGAAAAGACAAGAAAUGAUCUACAAGUUUGAACAGCUGACUCAUCUGAAGUCAGCCUUUGAGGCAAAACUGCAGAGACAGCAUGAUCUCAGCGAGAGCUGCAGUCUAAGUACUCUUCAGGCACGAUUGAAGGUGGCAGCACACCAGGCCGAGGAGGACUCUGAGGAGACAGCUGAAAACUUUUUGGAGGGACGCACUGACAUAGAUGAAUUUCUGACCAGCUUCAUGGAAAAGAGAACACUUUGCCACAGCAGAAGGGCCAAAGAAGAGAAACUGCAACAGUCAAUCAACACACAUGAACAGUUUCCUAGCAGCCACUAGAACACAAGGUUUGCUGUUUUCUCAGCCACCGUCUGGCAACCAAAAGAAUGAAGACAUUAGAUGUGCAAUGUCAACAGUGUGGACAAUUGGAGGAAUAGGAAGAUGUUAGCUGAAGAUGUUGUUAACCACAGAAGCGCAUUUGGUCAGAUCUUGGGUCUUAUGAAAGGCCACAGACUUUUGGGUCACCGCAGGAGGCAGAAUUGGUACAUGCUUUGAGGUUCCAGACAAAUAUUUUUGUGUUGCACAUGCUGUACUGUUUUGAUUCAUCAGAGAAGACCGAUUCAGACUGUACUUAAUCAGUGGUAGGUGGUGUGAACCCUGUUUGAAGUAUGACUAGGACAGUAUUCAUUUAAAUAGUAAUGUUUUCUGCAAAGCAAGAAUCACCACCACAAGACAAUUGUUGAAAUGCUCAUUUCCAGAGUUGGGUGUCCCUUCACAGAGAUUUUUGACCGACCGAAUUUUUAGCAUCUGUCCAAGAAAGACAUCAGUUGUAAUGACAGUGUGAUUGAUGUCCCAUUUAACCUCUACUAACACUGAAGAUACUGUUGUAGUCAUUUACCCUCAGAAAUGGCAGCACCAUUACGCUUGAACUAAACAAUCAGGGAUUUAACACAAACAAGGUCAAACAAUGUAGUCAGUAACCUAAUUUCAGAUGUUGAAAUAGGACAUAUACUGUAUUCAGAAAGCAAACCAAACAGAUCAGUGUUCCCUUUACAGGAAUAAUAUUUUACAGCAACAAGGCAGUACUCUAAUAACACUAAUGGUUCAUGUACUGUAUAUGGCUAAUUUAUCUCUUCUAUUGAAUGCAAGAAGCUUUCGACCAGGGGUUUUUCAUGCAUUUAAUGCUGGUGAUAAUGGGUGAAUUCAUCAAUGCAGAGGAUCAACUCGGAGCUGCUGCAUGUUUGUGUGGCAUUUGUUUAUGCUUUCACCUCUGCUCACAAACUAAAAGCAAGCUUUGUCCACUUUAAAAACGACAGGGUUUUUCUGUGUUCUGUUUAUGUGUGGUUCACUGGUGUUAGCACCAGGGGCACACAUUGCCUCUCAGCCAUGGAUGGAAAAACACAAUCCAUCCUUUCCAGCAUUUUUGUUUACUCGGAUUUUUGGGGGAGUCCAAAUACUGCAUGAAGGUUAAUGAAAACAUUGCCUUUCGUGUUUUACUCUUGACUUUGACACAUGGAAACAGCUGAUCUCCAUCAAUGUUGACCACCAUGGACUCACCCCUUUGACUUUAGACCUUUGGAUGAAACAGCUGACAAUAUGUGGAGUAAUGUAAAGGAUGAUUUGGUUGAAUGCUGCAUUAAAAUCAGUGACAUUGAAAACUGUAUUUAAAUAAUGUUAAUAAUAGACUAUAUUGCAAUCAAAGUCUUGGACUCCUUGUAUUGUAAAUUCUUAUUUAAUAUGUUAGGAUAUUAAAGCA